AUGGGGAAUGAUCAUAACUCGAGUAGAUCUCGCUCCAACUCGACGAUCAGCACAGAUACGGACUCGACAGUAUCAAGAGCCCAAACUCGUCAGAGUCUGGCGGCGUCUAUCAAGUCAAGAACGAAUCUAGAAUCCUUGAGCCGCACUUAUUCAGGAUCAUACCCUGACGAUACAGCUCCAUAUCCCUCAGAUGAACAAGAUGAACAUUUAGAAAUCCCUGAAGGUAAUUCUCGCCAGGAUGCAGACCUGGAAAGAGGACCAAAUGCGGGGCAGGUACUCGAAAAGUCAAAAACUGGGAGAUCUACACUUGCCAACUCCAAACUGGUAACAUGGGGUGGUCCAGAGGACAAAGAAAACCCAAAGAACUGGUCCAAGGGCAACAAAUGGGCUGCAGUCGUCAUGGUCUCAAUGUUCACCUUCAUUUCACCCGUUUCGAGCAGUAUGGUCGCUCCGGCCCUUGAUGCCCUCGCAGCAGAUCUACACAUCAAAUCAGAGAUCGUGACUCAAUUGACCAUGUCAAUUUUCAUCCUUGCAUAUGCCGUGGGCCCUCUCUUUCUCGGACCUCUAUCCGAAGUAUAUGGCCGGACCAUCAUCCUCCAACUAGCGAACUUAUUCUUCUUGGUGUUCAACAUUGGCUGUGGAUUCGCUCAAAAUUCAACACAAAUGAUUGUCUGUCGAUUCUUCGCAGGAUUGGGUGGUAGCGCUCCACUAGCAAUCGGUGGUGGUGUUCUCUCAGACUGUUUCCCCCCAGAACAGCGAGGCAAAAGUCUCGCAAUCUACAGUCUCGCCCCCCUCCUUGGUCCAGCAGUAGGCCCAAUCGCAGGCGGCUUCAUCGCCGAAAACACAACCUGGCGCUGGGUCUUCUGGUCCGUGUCUAUCGCCGACGCAGCAGUUCAAAUCGGCGGCCUCUUCUUCCUCCGCGAAACCUAUUCUCCAAAACUCCUGGCCGACCGCGCAAAGCGUCUCACAAAAGAGACUGGCGAACAACAUCACACUGAAGCAGAACUCCAAAAGAUCUCAUUCGCCCAAAAAUUACAAACCUCCCUUGUCCGCCCGUUCCGUCUCCUCCUCACCCAGCCCAUCGUCCAAGUCCUGGCUAUCUACAUGGCCUACAUCUACGGCCUAAUGUACCUCAUGCUCUCCACCUUCCCAACUCUCUGGACAAGCGCAGACUACUAUCACGAAUCAUCUGGAAUCGGCGGAUUGAACUACAUUUCCAUCGGAAUAGGCUUCUGGGGUGGCUCCCAGAUUUGUGCCCCAAUGGUCGACCGUAUCUACCGUGCCCUCGCAGCUCGAAAUGGCGGGGUCGGCCGACCAGAGUUCCGAAUUCCCCUGAUGAGUAUCGCGGCCAUUAUGCUCCCCGCGGGAUUAUUCGUUUAUGGCUGGACUGCCCAGACGCACUGUCACUGGAUCGCGCCGAAUAUCGGCGCUGCCAUGUUUGGCAUGGGCACUAUCAUGGCGUUCCAGUGUAUCCAGACGUAUAUGGUUGAUACGUAUACGCGGUAUGCGGCGAGUGCGUUGGCUGCGGGUGCUUUUCUGCGAUCGCUGGCUGGAUUCGGGUUUCCGCUUUUUGCGCCCUACAUGUAUGCGGCGUUGCAUUAUGGAUGGGGAAAUAGCUUGUUGGGAUUCAUAUCACUCGGUAUUGGUAUUCCUGCGCCGAUCUUCUUGUGGAAGUAUGGAGAGACCUUGAGGAAGAAGAGUCCCUAUGCGGCGGGCUAA